GGAAGCAGGCACAUAAGCGCCAACAAGUGGACAGACAGAGCGUCACCUUACACACACGCAGGCGUAUACCCUCACAUAAUACACACACACAUAACAAAAUUACAACAUAUGGCAGCCUACUUACCACGGCCGGAAGAAGAGCGCUCGAGAGGGAGGGAACGUCGGCAAGGAAGGAAUGGUGAAAGAGCAGCAGCCUCACCAGUGCGGCAACAUUCGGGCAAUCGACGACAUGUUGAUAGGCAUGGAAGACCCACCACUUGGCAGUAUUCCUGUGGGCUGUGCCAACAGGAUCAUGCGCUCAGCUCCUGCGCAAGGUUUCGGGGCCUGACCCCGUUCCAUCGUUAUGAGACCGUUGAACGUCGUGGUUACUGUCGCAACUGCCUAGCACGGAGCCACUUAGCGCCCGAUUGUCCGUCUAUCACCGGGUGCCGACACUGCAACUACAGACACCAUUCCCUUCUACAUGGAGCGUCCCAAUUAGACAACAGUCUAGAACCAGCUAUUCGGGAUGAUGGAUCGCUCAAGCUGGACAUCGUAUUCGUCCCCACGGCUACGGUACGGGUAUCGGAGGACGGCGUCGACAGGUGGUCUUCUAUUCGGGCCCUAGUUAACCAAGGAUCCACCAUGUCGCGCAUUGCCUACUCCACUUAUCGGCGUCUUGGUCUGCGUUCAUUCACGUAUCGUGGCAAUCGGUUUGCGCAUUUCAGGCUGAUGCCCCGAAAUGUCAACAGUACCUGGGCGUUAAGAGUGAACGCCUUAAUAACUGACAAUUUGCCGACCCGACCCUACUCCGAUCCAAUCAUCGAUGACCCGACCCAGGACUUCACCAAUAACACCCUUGCAGAUAUGGACCCACGCUCUAAUACGCCAAUCGAUCUGGAGCUUGGCGCUGAUGUGUAUCCAGCUCUCCAAAGGGAAGGCAAGGUGGCUACUGGACUAGGCGAUGUUUAUGCCUAUCCAACCACUCUUGGCUACAUUCUUACUGGCCCCAUCAGAAACCUACCUCGAGAGUAAUGUUAAACCUAAGUCUUGAUAUACAUAUACACUUGUCACGGGGGGUGAGAAUGUUUAGGAUAGUCCUAAACUUUUGCUGUCGACUGUAGUCAUAAUCUAAUUUUCAGCACUGUAGCUAGCGGACCAUCCAUUAUAUGCACUUACACACACGCACAUAUGCAUGUGCGGGCGGCCACUGGCUACAGGUGCUUUGUUGUUAUUUUUCGCUGAAUUCCAAUGGCAAGCAGAGGCUGCUGGUGUCAUCAAUUGCAAUCAUGUUUUUAAUGUUUUUCUGUUCAUCUAAUCGUUCGCCUCGAUAGCUCCCCCGUGACAAUAACAUACGUACAUACAUACAUGCAUAUAUAAAAAAAGGUUAAAGU